UAUUUAGUUCGGUAUUCAGUCUAUUAUUCUGUCUCACUUGUCUCAGUCUCUUCUGUGCCCUGUGGAUUGUCGUGGUCCAGUGCAGCUGCCUCGUUACUUCGUUAGUCGGUUGUUGCAUAUCAAGUGUAGUCCACUGACAUAAACUAGUAUUCAAGUGCUUAUGAACGUAAUUAAUGUUUUAAUAAUAUGAAAUAUAAUAUUCAACAAUAAUGUUUAUCAAACAAUUUUCUGGCGUUCCCGCCAUCAAUUUUGUAAAAAAGUUUGUUACUAAAUAUAAGAGUGAAAUCGAUUCAGAUUUAAAAUUUAUAAUUGCUUGGUAUACCGUAAAUAUGAGCCAUAAUGUACACGCAUUAGUUUUAUAUGAAACAACGAGUGAGGAAUCUGCUGCAUCAAUCCUUUUACUUUCGAAAUGUGAUUUCGACCCAUUGGAACAACAAAAAAAUCCAAAUAUUCUGGAUUUUGUGUAUACAAUUCGAUCAAAACGAAGGAAAGGAUAUUCUGCACAACUUAUUACAAAAGCUCAACAGAAUUUCCAGUUUACAGUAUUCUGCAAAAAUGACAAAACAUCAAAUUUGUUUGCAAAAUUGAAAUGUAUUAAAAAUGAUCCUUUAACUAAAUCAACUAAUUUAGAUGUAUAUCGUUGGAACAUGACAAAUUAAAAGUAAAAACAAAUAAAAUUAUACAAUUCUUUUUAAUUAAGUUUACCAAAAUUGUAUUAAUAAAAGCAUUUUUACACAUGAACAAAUUCACUGCUUAUUUAAUUUUAACUUUUAAGUUUUAGUGUCCGACUCAAAAGUUACGAGUUAACAACAAUGAAGAUUGGAUAAUUACCAUGAAUAAUAACCAUAUGGUGGCUUAUUAAAUUUUGUAGAAGGAUUUGUUUCAUUUUAU